AUGUGCGGCAUCCACGCGCUCAUCACACGCACGCCAUCACCACCGUCCGCAUCGUCCCAAUCAUUACCCUCCAACAACAACACGAAAUCCAACCACCUCUCCCCAACACUCACCCGCGACCUGCGCGCCCGCGGUCCAGAUCACAUCGGCCACGUCGAACGUCAUCGCCCCGGCAGCGGUGAUGAAGCUGGCUGGACCCUCCGCUUCACAUCGACGGUCCUCGCGUUGCGAGGUGACCAUGUCGCGCGCCAGCCUUUGACCGGCGUCGGCGACAGCUCGUCAGUGCUGUGUUGGAAUGGCGAAGCGUGGCGGGUGGAUGGGGAGUUGGUGGAGGGUAAUGAUGGGGAGGUGGUGCUGACGCGGUUGUUGAGGGCUAUUGGUGGUAAUGGUGGUGGCGUGGAUGCUGUAUUGGACGUGCUUCGUGGGAUUGAGGGACCGUUCGCGUUUGUAUUUUACGAUGCGGUCGCGGGGAGGGUGUUCUUUGGGCGUGAUCGGAUGGGGAGGAGGUCGUUGUUGAUGGCGUUGAGGGAGGAGGGUGGCUUGGAGUUGUGUAGUGUCGCGGGGGAGUCCUGCGAGGGCUGGAAGGAGGUUGAGGCUGAUGGGGUGUAUGUGGUCACGGUGGGUGGGGACCCAGACCCGGUGCGGUACGAUUGGGUCGUUGGACCAGAUGCUACUAAUUUUGUUUCUGGCAUUGGGAGGUUCAACAAGGCACUGCCCGUCAGCCCAAGUCCUUUGACAGCGAGAUCCCACUCUGUGGCGGCUUUGGGGCAGCAGCUCCUUGAGUCCUUGAAGUUGCGAGUGCUCAACAUUCCAAUACCCCCGUCCUCAGACCCCAGCGGCAAGACGCGGGUCGCCGUGCUGUUUUCAGGCGGUCUUGACUGCGCUGUACUGGCAAGGCUAUGCCACGAGGUGCUCGACGCUAACUCGGGUAUUGACCUGCUCAACGUCGCGUUUGAGAACCCUCGGGUGGUUGCACAGCUCCGCAAAGAGAACAGCAACUUGCUCGACUUUUACGAGGCCUGCCCAGACAGGGUUACAGGGCGGCGAUCGUUUGCAGAGUUGCAAGCGACGUGCCCAGGGCGGGCCUUUCGGUUUGUGGCUGUCAACGUUCCCUACAGCGAAACACAAGAGCACCGACAGCAGGUGAUCUCCGUAAUCCACCCGCACAAUACCGAGAUGGACCUUUCCAUAGCGUACGCCCUUUACUUUGCCGCACGUGGCCAGGGCGUUGUGUCUGAAAGCCCUGAUUCUGCUCCCGUUACAUACACAUCUCCCGCUCGCGUAUUGCUAUCCGGCCUAGGCGCCGACGAGCUCUUUGGGGGGUAUUCUCGCCAUCCUUCGGCUUUCCAACAUCGGGGCUAUCCCGGCCUCGUUGAUGAGCUGCUAUUAGAUGUUGGGCGUCUUGGGAAGCGGAACCUGGGCCGAGACGACCGCGCGAUGGCGCACUGGGGUAAGGAGGUGAGGUUUCCCUUUCUAGACGAGCGCCUAGUGAAAUGGGCCAUUGAGACUCCGGCGUGGGAGAAAUGCGACUUCGAGCACAGUGAAGAGGACAGUGGCGUGGAAGCUUGCAAGAGGGUGCUACGUUUGUUAGCCCUGGAGUUGGGCAUGGUGACGGUUGCAAGGGAGAAGAAGCGCGCGAUCCAAUUCGGCGCCAGAACCGCUAAAAUGGAGAGCGGAAAGGUCAAGGGGACUACACUCAUCGCGUAG